UUCACAAAAUUUCCUACCCUUAAGAAGAGGCGAUAGGUUUUUCGGGCUAACUACUAAAAUGGCUUUGUGGUACGAGAAAUACAGUAGGAAAAUUUACAGUACUUCUUGCUGUAAAUGGCGAUGUUCCAGAAAAUUUUUCUCUGAGUUCCUAGGAAUGUUCGCUUUCAUUUUCAUAGCAGAUGGAACGGUUGCCACCGCGAUAUUCUACACGCCGGAACCCACCGAUGCAUCAAGCGAAAUCUUGUAUAUCAACGUUGGAAUUGCUUUUGGCUACACCAUUGGCUUGUACAUCUGUAGAGAAAAUGUUGGAUAUUUGAAUGCGGCGCUGACUCUAGUCUUCUGGUUAUUGGGCAAAAUGAAGCUAAACGAUGUUAUUAUAUAUUUGAUAGCGCAAUUUAUAGGAGCAUGUUUGGCCGAAGCUUUUAUUUUUGGUUUAUAUAGAGAUGAAAUUGAACAAUCUACAAGUAACGAAACCAUCCUCAUUUUCGCUUCAUCUGUAAAUGAUGGCUAUUUUGGGAGAGCUGCCAUUGACCAGUUUCUGAAAACGGUAUUUUUCACCAUUGGUGUCAUGGCAGUCAUUGAUGAAGGGAAGAAUAAGCAGGAAAACGACCCACUCAAGACCAUCAAGCCAUCCAAGCGUUUUGAGCCACUCAUUAUUGGGUUGGUUUUAUUUUCGGUCGGAAUUGCUUUAAGUUUCUUUGCACGUUUCUAUUUUAACCCACUCCAAGAUCUUAGUGGUUUAAUAUUUGUUGAAUUUGCUGAGUUAAGUAAGGAAAAGUGGUGGGGUUUUGCUCAAGCAUUUUGUCCAAUACUUGGUGCUUUAGUAGGUGCAACGAUCUACAUAUUAAGUAUCGAAAACUAUCAUCAGAUGACUGCCGAAUCAAGGAGUGAAGGUGCCGGAAGUUAUGAUCCGUUAGAUCAAGACAAUCCAAGUGAGAGUUUACCAUAGUGAUGCAGAACUUAUCGCCCAGCUACACAGUGUGAAUAUUGGUUCAGAAAUUCAGAUUUCAAAAUACAAGCUAACGUCUGUUUCAUUGGCUUAGUUGUAUACCUAACUUUCAUCUAACAAACUAUAGUAUUUCGAGCGUCAUGCCUCUCAUGAAAUGGACACAUGAUGUGCAGCUGUACCUUUUUUGUAGAACAUGUGAUAUCAGUCUCUUCAGUGGAUAUUCGUUUGUUCUCUCGUGUAUAUGAUUUAAUUUUAUUUAUAUUAUGGAAUAUUUUAUUUCCCUCUAUUGAGCUUUAAUUCUUUGAACUCUGAUGCAGUAAAUAACUACAAGUUAUCAAAACACUGUAUAGGCCUACAUUUAUAUUAUAUACGGGAUAUAUAUACGUAUAUGUAAAUACAAAGACAGAAUACUGGUAAACAACAAUGUUGUGAAAACAAUAGCUGGAUGUCGUAGAGAUAAAAAAAAAAUUGAUAAUCAGUUAGCAGUCAGAAAUAAAAGAGCUUUUUGGACAAAAUUA